UCCAAUGAUAAAAAAGAAAAAGAAAAAAAGGUUAAACGAUAGAAAAUAAGAGAUUAUAAAGUUCCUGCAUUCGAGAUGGUGUAAAGGCACAUACAUGUUAAGAAGAAGAAGAAAAAAUUGGGUCGAAAUUUUUUAUUUUUAAAUUUGUGAAAAUUGCAUACACAACUAAUUCCAACGUGGUUUUUGUUAGCGUUUUGUAACCAAUUAACCGUCCUUUAUUUUUUAAAUAUAAACAAAACCUCGAAGUCAAUGUGAAAGUUCCAAAGAAAAAGGAACGAAAAGUAGAAUGGAAAAAACAGAAGGAAGAAUAAGAGAGUUAGAAUCAAUAGUAAAAAAGUAUUUGGAGAAUGAAGGAGAAGGAGCAUCAACAACAACAAUAACUGUAGAUGGAUUGCCUCCACUAUUCAUAGAACCUCUAAUCUUUUAUGGCUUACACCUGGAUCUCAUGGAACCUGGCCGUGUCGUCUUCUCGAUGAAAAUACCGCCACGUUUACUCAAUGGUAAGUACUUGCACGGUGGUGCCAUCGUUACUCUGGUGGAUGUGAUUGGCGCAGCCGCAAUUCCCGCCGCUGGAUUUCCAAUGGAUUCGGGAGUUUCCCUCGAGAUCAACGUCUCACACUUGGGUGCUGCUUAUGUCCAUGAGGAGAUUGAGAUUGAUGCCAAGGUUUUGCGAGUGGGAAAGGUUAUAGCUGUUGUCAGUGUGGACUUCAGGAAGAAAAUGACUGGCCAAAUUUUUGCUCAGGGGCGUCAUACCAAAUUUCUCCCUAUAUCCAGUAAAAUGUGAAAUUUAAGAUCAGAGAAAAGAACAAGGAAAUUUUUUAGGGAGAAAACUCCCUCUAAUUCAACAACGAUUCAAAAAUAAAAAUUAUGUUUCACUUUCAUAUUCAUUUUUCUAGUGAUUGGAUGAGGUUUCCAUCAUGUUUUAUUUAUGUAUUUCAUUCUUUCUAAAUAUCGAGUUGUGUUUUAUCGAAGUUUGGUUUCCUCUGCUCCUUAUUGUAGUUGGAAACAUAGCUACAAAUAAGAGAUUUUGAGUGUCCUUAGGGGAUGAGUAUUUUGAUCCCUUGUAACAUGAUUUAUGCAAAGGAUUGCUUAUACUAUAAUGGCUGUUGUAAUUAUUUUCAUUAUGGUGCGGUUGAUAAAUAGUUGAAAAAUGAUGUCAACCUUAGUCUCUUGA